AUAGGCGUUUAGUAGCCGCUAGUCCCGUAAUACAGUGCCGUCCGAAUCUGCUGCCUGAUGUGGUGGUUCUACCGCAAAGGGCCCUCGGGCUUCUCCGGCGCCUCCACGGCCGAGGAGGUCACCGCCGGCGUCGACGGCCGAGGCCUGGUCGCCGUCGUCACCGGUGCGUCCAGCGGCAUCGGGCUGGAGACGGCGCGCGUCCUAGCGAUGCGCGGCGUGCACGUCGUCAUGGCCGUGCGCAACGUCUCCGCCGGCGUCGCCGCCAAGGAGGCCAUCGCAGCGAAGAUCCCCGGCGCGAGGAUGGACGUGCUGGAGCUGGACCUCAGCUCCAUAGCGUCAGUGAGGAGAUUCGCCUCCGAGUUCGAGUCUCUGAACCUGACCCUCAACAUUCUCAUCAACAACGCUGGAGUGAUGACAAGGCACUGCAAGCUUUCCUGCGACGGCCUGGAAUUGCAUUUCGCCACUAAUCACAUUGGCCAUUUUCUUCUAACAAACCUCUUACUGGAGAACAUGAAGAGUAGCUGCAGGGACAGUGGUGUUGAGGGGAGGAUCGUCAAUCUGACAUCUUCGGGCCAUUUCAUGACCUAUCCUGAAGGGAUAUGUUUCAAUAAAAUUCAUGAUCCUUCAGGUUUGAACGACUUUAUUGCUUACGGUCAAUCAAAGCUUGCCAACAUUCUUCAUUCUAACAAACUGUCCCGAAUCCUAAAGGAGGAAGGAGUGAAUAUUUCUGCUAAUGCAGUUCAUCCUGGUGUCAUCAGGACGAACCUUUUUAGGAACAGGACUAUUGUCUCUGUUCUCUUGAACACCAUUGGAAGAAUCAUCUCUAGAAGUGUAGAACAGGGUGCCGCAACGACAUGCUAUGUGGCAAUGCAUACUCAAGUCAAGGGCAUAAGUGGGAAAUACUUUGCCAACUGCAAUAUAGGCAGCCCAAGCUCGCAGGCUUCAGAUGCUGAGUUGGCCAAGAAGUUAUGGCAAUUCAGCUUGCAGACAGUGUCUUGAUCAAGUGCUUGUCUGAACUAUAAUAGUGAUGCACAAAUUGUUGUACUUAAUGUUAGCAUAGCUCUUCCGGAUGUAUGUUUCCAGUGUAUGUACUGCUAUCAAUUAAAUUUUCUCAAUCUUGAUUCAAAAUUUGAAAUUUAAACACCAUACUAUCA